AUGACUCGCUAUUUAUUAUUUUUACUACUGGUUUCCACUGUCAAUGCGGGUUGCCAACAAGAGGAAAAUUGUUUGUCUCCGAAUUGCUACUGCAGCAGCAAAUGGUUUCCAAAAAUGAACGUUACAGAUAUACCCCAGAUGGUAUACUUCGGGUUCGACGAUGCAGUUAAUUCCUUAAUUAACGAAUAUUAUGAUGAAAUAUUCACCAAUAACCGUAAUAAUCCCAAUGGCUGCCCUAUCACGAUGUCUCUUUAUGUAUCUGAUCUUUAUACAGACUACAAAUUGGUCAAAAAAUACUAUGAUGCUGGUCAUGAAAUUGGUGUUCAUGGUGUUAAUGACAAGAGAAUAGAUACUGCUGCACAUCUUUCAGAAGAGGCCAAACAACAAAGAGACAACUUAAUUAAACAUGCGGAAGUCAAGACAGACGAUAUAGUUGGAUGGCGAAGUCCGUUUUUAACUUCAGCAGGUGAGGAACAACCUCGAAUAUAA